UCUGAAAUGUCAUGUCGUCAUUAGUGAACCGUAUAAAAACUCAUCUGUGUUCAGAGAUGGACUACAUAUUUCCUUCACUACCAUCAUGGCUCUCUCCAAGCAUAUCAAUGCGGAUCGUCUCGUUCAAGAUUCUCAUGACAAAAAAUCGAAGCAUCACAAGCUCACUGGUAUCGACAGCAACACCAUCCAUCACUCUUAUGGCGCUCGGUAUGGCACACAGCCCCUUCCUAAAUAUCACUUUUCUUCCAAGGGUAUCGAUGCGGAGUCCGCCUACCAACUAAUUCACGAUGAACUCGCCCUUGAUGGUUCGCCUGUCUUGAACUUGGCGUCUUUCGUCCACACCUGGAUGCCCGCUCAGGCCGACAAACUCAUGCAGGAGAAUAUGACUAAAAAUCUGAUCGAUACCGACGAGUAUCCUGCUACACAACAUAUUCAUACUCGCUGUAUCUCCAUCCUCGCCGAUUUGUGGCACGCACCUUCCGCAAAGCAGGCCAUUGGCACGGCCACUACUGGCUCCUCCGAGGCAAUUCAACUGGGAGGUCUUGCCAUGAAACGUAUCUGGCAGGAAAAGCGCAAGGCUGCUGGUAAGAGCAUCCACGAGCCUGGGCCUAACAUCGUCAUGGGUGCCAAUGCUCAAGUUGCGCUUGAGAAAUUCGCCCGUUACUUCGAAGUCGAAUGCCGUCUUGUCCCCAUUUCGGUUGAGAGCAAGUAUCAUCUUGACCCCAAAAAAGCUAUGGAAUACGUUGACGAGAAUACCAUCGGUGUUUUUGUGAUACUGGGUUCAACGUAUACUGGCCAUUACGAACCAGUCAAGGAGAUGUCCGACCUGCUUGAUGAGUAUGAAGCUAAGACAGGUUACUCUGUUCCCAUCCAUGUGGAUGGUGCUUCUGGUGGAUUCUUUGCCCCGUUCGCCACGCCUCAACUGGAGUGGGAUUUCAAGCUUCCUCGUGUGGUCUCCAUCAACACUUCAGGCCACAAGUUUGGAUUGGUUUACGUCGGCGUUGGCUGGGUUGUUUGGAGGGACCAGGCACAUCUACCGAAGGAUCUGAUAUUCGAGCUACAUUAUCUCGGAUCCGUCGAGUACUCGUUCUCUCUCAACUUCUCUCGUCCAGCUGCACCGAUCAUUGCACAGUAUUUCAACCUCAUUCACCUCGGUUUCGAAGGGUACCGCAACGUUGCCCUUGAUGAUCUGCGCAAUGCUCGACUUCUGAGUCGAGCUUUGGAAAAUAGUGGUUACUAUACGGUUCUUAGUGACAUUCACAGGAAGCACAGUAGCGCAGGCGCUACUAUCAAAGACGUAGUUGGUAUUGAUGACGAUGUGACGGACUACGAGGCAGGAUUGCCCGUAGUUUCUUUCCGGUUUUCUGAUGACUUCAAAAAGAGUUAUCCCGAAAUUCAACAAAAAUGGAUUCAAACUCUGCUUCGAGCUAGAGGAUGGAUCGUCCCGAACUACGAACUUGCUCCUGAUUUGCAGCAAAUUGAGAUUUUGCGUGUUGUCGUCCGUGAAAAUAUGACUGAAGUGCUCGUUGAUCGUCUUGUCUCCGACCUCAUGGAAAUAACGGAGCAGUUGACAACUGCGGACUCCCCAAUGCAUGCUCUGAAUGACCUGGGCCAUGGCCACUCUAGUUCAUCUAAGACGGAGCAUACGCACGGCAGACUGGAAAAGGGCGCGGGAAGCACUUCUUCUGGAACGUAUGCGAAGCAGUGUUAAAAAGCCUGUGCAGAAGAAGAAACAAGAAUGUACUACUAUGAAUUCGCUCGUAUAUGGAAAGGGACUGUAUUACCUUGUGGACUUGGGCGAUAGUUUCGUUGUAAAUACUCAUGUAUGAUUGAACGGUUGUUUUCCGUCGCGUUGAAAGUAACAAGGAUGAAAGCGCCGUUUCGCAUCGAUCGAUAGUGUCCAUAUACAGCGCGAAAUGGGUAGGCGAGCAAAAACUACAAUAAAUGUUGGAGUAUGAUACACAGUGUUCUACUGACUGAGGAUUGUGCGCACAAAUGAUUCGUAGUUGACAUUCCCGUCA